AUGGCCCCGGGCCGACCGAGCAACUCCAAGCGCAAGCGCUCUAGCAUCCCCGACUCUCACGAAGAUACCUCAACCCCGCCUAAGCGCCGGAAGUCCAGCGCCGGCCGCCGCCCAAAGCCAAGAACCGCUGAUCCCGCCCCAUUUUCGCUCGAGUCAGAGGACGUGUGGAAAGCCAACGCCAUUCUCCAGGAGAAGGGAAACCAAUACCUGAUUGACUGGGCCAACCAUCCCGAAACCAACGAGUCCUAUCCGCCCAGCUGGGAGCCCAAGAGGAACGCGAACAAGCAGCUGGUCGACGAAUGGAAGCGGAGAAAAAGUGCAUCCAAGAAAAGUGCAUCAAAGGACCGCAAGCAGGCCGACGAGGAAUCCGAAUCCACGCCCGCGCCCGCGCCCGCACCCGCGCCCGCCCCGCCCGCUUCCACGCCCAGCCCCGCCGCACCUGCGGCUCCGCUUCUCACCACCAACCCUGCACCCGCGCCGCAGCCUGACACUACUCCGCGCCGCGCACCACGCGUUCCAAACCGCAGGGUUAUCCCGAGUUCAUCGCCGGAGCUGGGUCCCGCAUCAGACCAACUUCUUACAGACAGCUCUGCCCCGGGCAACGACUGGCGGGAUAUACCGGAGAUAGAGCCACGGGAUACUACGUCUCGUGCUGAACCUGCGGUACUAAUCACUCGGCCUGCUGACUUCAACUUCUCCGACUACGACCUCAUCACCGCAUCACAGGUCCCUUGGGAGUCCCAAACUUCUCCGAAAUCUUCACAGCUUCAACAGAGCUCAUCGGCGGCGGAGCCAUCGCAAGGCUCUGUUGGCUCUCAGCACAAUCCCGAGGACUACAUCAUCCCCGCCGAGAGACUUCUUCAACAGCCCCGAUUUAAAAACACUGCCGUUAUCCCGGAUUCGCAGGAUCUCUCCGGAAAUUCCAGCUACGUUCCAUCCACCCAGACACAAUCGGGUGCUGAAAGCCAAUCAGUUCAGACUCAGUCCCAGCCUCCCGAAUCGACGACCGCCCCACCGCCGCAGGACAGCUCUGCUUCAAGCUCAGCCCAAUUUACCAACCCACAGGACGACGACGACUCCGCACCUAUUGAAGAGAUAGACCCAAUUGAAGACGAGUUAUCUAGCCCGGCUGCCCAUAGUUACCACGAGGAGAGGGCUCCUCCGCCGCGUGAAUCACCUUGGCAGACUGCCAGUUCAGCCUCGUCGCCACCUCCAACAGACUCGCCUGACAAGUCAAUACAGUCUGAAAGCCGUGUAGCGAACACUCAGGUGUCUGUGGAAGCUCACAAUCGCACGCCUUCACCGUUCAACGACGAGCGGGCUCAGAGCCCCGAAGCGGAGGUAUUCUCAAGACCUCUCAGUCCGAAGUCGAAACCAGAGGAGCAAAACCAGCCUUCGCCUGAGAUCCAGGAACGUCAACAAACCACAAACGAGGAACACGGUGUCGAGGAAUCUAGGGGGAGCGGAGAGGAGGACGAUCACGGUCUCACAGGCUCUGAGGAAGUGGAAAGGCCUCAAGAUUGGGAGGUCGUCGCUCUACAGAGCGGAUCAACUGAGGAUCAACCCGUACGCGAAUCGGAAAGUGGAAUAGUUAGUGAAGCUGCGCCCGCCGAUCGAAUCUCACCGGAACAAGGAGAGCAAGUCGUUGGGGCUUUACCCACUAAACAUACCGUAGCGGAACCAGAAGAAAGACUCGCUGCCGAAGUUGCACCGGCUGUUGUUGGAAACGCCCAAGGCAGUGGCCGAGAAUCUGCUCAAGGAGAGCAUCCGGAACAUCAACAACAAUCGACAGGUACGGGUGAAGCCCAGGACUUUGUGACCUGUCCUGAAGGACCUGUGGGUGGUGCUACAAGAUCUUCAUUGCAAGACCAGGCAGAUAUAUCUACACAAGACGUCACAGAUCCUCCUGAGAACACAUCUCACUUCCGGUCCACCCAAACUGAUUUUUCACUUGUCCACGACAUCAACCCAGCCAUUCCAGAGGAACCUGAAGAGCAGACUAACUCGGAGUACCACGCGGAACCGCUACAAGCUGCACAGUACGUCCCAGAGCUGGAUCUGGACGGACCUGAAUCAAGCCAUCGAACGCAGAUUUCAGAACUGGCAAGCUCUGACCAGCACGGCGGUUUCAAGGACACUGAAAUCCCGAGGCGCAAAGAUUCGUCUCAAGAUAACCUAGAGCUGGGUGUCCUUGGUCAAGCCGAUCCCAACAUCGUUCGUCGCCGUUACGAACAAGAAGACUCGGACGAUCUUGCCUCCAAGAAUAUUGUAGCUACCGUCGAGACGCGAUUGGAAUCGCCCAUAAGAAGGGGCUAUUACAGAAAGAUAUCCCGCGGCAUGCCCCAAACUCCGCAACCUAGCAGUGCAACCGGCGGUGCGGAUUCUUCGACACCGGGAUCUCUGACAGAACGACUACGUGAAGUCUACGCUCGAAGUAAGGCUGAGAGGGAAAGGAGAAAAGCCGAAAUCUUAGCUCAGUCCGACGAGGCUUUCCCCAAAUCGCCUUCACUUGGGCCAAGCACACGGUCCCCAUCAGUUAUCCCGCCGAACGGCACAUCGAAUAUGGAGCCACAGUACACUUUAAUUCCAUCGAAUCUCUCGGCCGAAUCUCGGCCCGAUGAAAGUCAUCCCCCUAACGCACAAAACCAUCACUCCAUGCCCGACCAUCAUCAAUCUAACGACACCGAGAUGACUGACGAUAGCACACGCAGCAUCCUACUCGACGACCCCGUCCUCGGGGAGGCUGAGUACAUUAUUGGGCUUUCCAUGGAGGGGUUGCAGGGCGAUCAGUACAGACGAGAGAUCAAAUUUAAGGAGGUGGCCAUCACCCGCUUUCUGGAGGAUGACCCGCCUAGAGAAACAUAUGUCCAGGAAGUCCAGGAGAUGCUCAAGAGAGUGGGCAAUAUCAUCACUCACAUGGAUCUCGGCUUUGCAAACGCGGAUGCAUUGACCCAAUACGGCGAGGAUAACCCCGAUCGGGGUAUGGUGGCUUGGAGUAACAACAGCAGCACCAAGUUUCGCUUCCUGGGAGGUAUCCUUGACCGCCUGCGAAACGCCAAGUUCCAUUUCGUCAUUUUGGGCCACCAGGGAACGUUGAUGGAUAUCAUCGAGAAAUUUGUUAAUGGGCUGGGAAUCCAGUAUUCCCGAGGGGGCCACGUCGACCGCGACGCCUUUGAGGCACGAGAGUCUCUGUUUGUCACCAUUCUUGGCACCGACUUUAACAGUGUGGAUACGGCCAUCCCCGCUGCUCACCUGAUUUUCGCCAUGGACUCAACGGUCCAGUGCCACGACCCGAAGAUCAAGGCCCUCAGGAACCAUCUUCGCGGUUCCAAGGACUCCAUCCCGGUGAUCACGCCCAUUGUUACGAACUCGGUCGAACACGUCGAACGCUGCAUAUCAGCAUCGGUCCAAGGAGCCGUAAGAGAAAGGCUGGUCGUGCGGUUCAUGACAGAGCUCAGGCAGUUGGCUGGCAGGGUCGACGUGUCCACCAAGGCUGAUCAUGCGGUCAAUUUCAUUGUGCCCAGCAUCGAGAAUGAUCUGGAACAUCACGAGGCUUGGCCGCUCCCCCGUAUCAACAGCGUUAAGGACGACGUCCACUUUGACGAGUCAAUGGUGUCUGCAUUGUCCGUUUCGUCUUCGAUUCCCAUUGGGACCUUGAGCCCAUCCGCCGGUCAGAAGAGGCCCCUGGAUGUGGAGAUGGAGGAACCGACCAAAAGGACGCGGAUAACACCACAGCCCGGAACCGACACUAUCGACCCCAAUGAGAUUACCCGCAUCAGCGAUUCUGUUCCUGGUGCUACACAGCUACAACCUCUCCACUCAAGCUCCAAUGCGGAUGUAGGCCUGCGGGCGUAUCGCAAGGACGAAAAGCUUCGGAAGGAGCUCAGGCAGACAAAGGAGCGUUUGAAGGAGUUCGAAGAGGCCUUCGAAAAAUGCCAGACCGAGAAAGAAGGACAAAGGGACAUCAUCCUCAACCUCAAGAGAGAGAACACCGAACUCAAACAGAGCCAAAUCAACGUCAGCAGCCGCAUCCGGACGCAAAACGACACGAUCGACAGCCUCCGGAACGAGCGCAACGCGCUCAAGGAGCAGCUGGACGAAGCCCGCCAGCAGCUGGCCAGCUCGACGGUCCCGGAGGUGGCCGAGCGCGAGCAGCUGCGGCGCGAGCGCGACGACGCGCUGGCCCGGCUGGAGCGCGUGCGCAAGCUGCGCGAGGCCGAGGGCCGCGAGUCCGACUUCUUCCGCUCCCAGUACCAGGACGCGUCCAACGGCGCGGCCGAGCUGUCGGACCGCGUCGCGACGCUCACCCAGCAGGUGCGCGAGCUCGAGCGGCUCAAGGCCGGCGAGCGCGACCGCGCCCGCCGCCAGAGCCUCGCAACCGCCACCGCCGCCUACCAGCAGGAAAUCGACCGCCUGUCGCUCCAGCUGCACGAGCGCACCGCCUCCCUCCAGCUCAGGAACGAUGAGCUCAAGGCCAUUCGCGGCAGGCAGGGCGUCGGCACCCGCGCCGGCAGCGUCCCGCGCAGCCCUAGGGUCGGCGGCGCGCCGGGGAGUAGGGGCGGCAGUCCGGCGCCGAGCGGGCUUGGUGGGCAUGGCAGGUUGGGCGCGUUGAGGAAUAUUAACGCGUGA